CGGCGUCCCGGGAGCUGAGGCGGAGUAGACCCUCUUGCUGUCGCUGCAGCUGCCGCCGCUGCCCCUUCGACCUCGGCCUCCUCAGCACUACACAGGGCACUGGGACAAGAAGCCUUGGCCUGCUACAGAGGAGGUUAUUGCGAAAUACAGGAAGGUAGGGCCUGCCCUUGGAUAGACAGUGUUCCUGUCUGCAGUCCAUUUGAUCCUUACAAGUCCGAUGCAAGUGCUGGAGGAAGAAACCAAGCCUCGAAGUGGUAGGAGGAAGAUGGAGAGCUAUUGCCUGUGAGAAGAGACAUUUGAAAAGGGUAUUUGCCCAGAAACUUUGAGACUGACAGCAAGACAAGAGCAUAUUGAAGAGCUAUGGAGGACUACAUGAAAAUUGAGAAAAUUGGGGAAGGUACCUAUGGUGUUGUAUAUAAGGGUCGACAUAAAACUACAGGUCAGGUGGUAGCCAUGAAGAAAAUCAGAUUAGAGAGUGAGGAAGAGGGUGUUCCAAGUACUGCAAUUCGAGAAAUUUCUCUGUUGAAAGAACUUCGUCACCCCAACAUUGUCAGCCUUCAAGAUGUACUCAUGCAAGAUGCUAGACUCUACCUCAUUUUUGAAUUCCUCUCUAUGGACCUCAAGAAAUACUUGGAUUCUAUCCCUCCUGGCCAGUAUAUGGAUUCUUCACUGGUUAAAAGUUAUUUGUACCAAAUCUUACAAGGCAUUGUCUUCUGUCACUCACGAAGAGUUCUGCACAGAGAUUUGAAACCUCAAAAUCUGUUAAUAGAUGAUAAAGGUGUAAUUAAGCUCGCUGACUUUGGACUUGCACGGGCCUUUGGAAUACCUAUAAGGGUCUACACACAUGAGGUGGUAACACUGUGGUACCGGUCUCCAGAGGUGUUGCUGGGCUCUGCCAGAUAUUCCACUCCCGUAGACAUCUGGAGCAUAGGCACAAUAUUUGCUGAAUUAGCAACUAAGAAGCCACUUUUCCAUGGGGAUUCUGAAAUUGACCAGCUCUUCCGAAUUUUCAGGGCUCUGGGGACACCUAAUAAUGAAGUAUGGCCAGAAGUCGAGUCGCUGCAGGAUUAUAAGAAUACGUUCCCCAAGUGGAAACCAGGAAGUCUGACGUCACAUGUCAAGAACCUUGAUGAAAACGGCAUCGAUCUGCUCUCUAAAAUGUUGGUCUAUGAUCCUGCCAAACGAAUUUCUGGCAAAAUGGCAUUGAAUCAUCCAUAUUUUAAUGACCUGGACAGUCAGAUUAAGAAGCUCUAGCUGUCCAGCCAAGUGAUUCCUGGGGUCUCGUAUUGAUAAUGGAUACUUCUCUUGUAAUGUUAAGCUCUGUCAAUAUUUGUCUUUAUAUGUGUGUGUGUUCCUUUCUCUGUUGUAAAAUUGAAGCUGUCCUCUGUUUUUCCAAGGUUUUGCUUAAAACUGUAAAUAUCAUUAUAAUGAAUAAUGCUCUAUGUAGAUCUCAUCAAUACAGCUGUUUUUGUUUUCUAUAAAUAAAACUGUAAACCUAGCAUUGAUGUGCAGGGCUUGGGGGAAGUUGGAGCUAAUUUCAAAACAUUCUCCUAGAGUUUUUGCAUGUUUGAGAUGUUAUUUAGGAGCAUAAAUCAGACACAAAUUUUAUUAUGUUAUAAAAUAUCAUAAGACCCUUCCCUGGGUAUAUUUGUAUGUUUAAAAUGAAUUCUGAUUGCCUACAACAAUGUGAAAUUUAAAUUUGUCUCAGCAUCAAAACCAACCAUCUUGAAGGGGAAAUAAGGGCAUAGGACUUCAAAUAAUAUGCCCAAUUAAAAGCCUGAAAUGCACUAAUUAAUUAAGUUUAGAUGCUUCAUGUGGUAGGAUAGAACAUGUAUGCAUAGUAUCUUUCCCAUAGCUUUCUACUUUACAUCUUGGAAUCAGAGAAAUGAUAGGAAUUUUGCAGCAUAUGUUAUUGCCUUAUAAACAACAUGAGGGCCUGCUAAGGGCUCCCUGUAUCAGAAGAGCCUCUAGCAAACUCACCAGCGAUCCUAUUGACAGUUUUCGUUAUGAAAUUGUUUGAAUGGAUUCCUAGCCUUUGAGUAUAGGCGUCAACCUUGGAAAGGAAUUGGCUGAGCAUGCAGUUUACUAAGGUGAAAUUCAAACCCUCACCCAACAUAAUCACCAUUGCACUUAUUAGUUACUUUUAGUGAAACACAACAUUUUAAUGAAAACUACUCUUUGAAAAUGACAUGAAUAUCUAAGUGGAAUGAUGCUGGGGAAUGGUGAUUGGUAUCUUUAUGGUACUUGAUCCUGCUACUCAGAGUGGCUUCCUGGUAGUUGUUUGGUUAUAGCUAUAGAUGAGUCCUUUUUUGAAAGGGUGCUGAUGGAUUUUUUGUGGGGAGGGUCUUCGAGGGAGGGUUUUAAGUAGCUGUAUGAUAACUGUAUUUAUGUUAGACACUAGAGCUAUUUUUUUCCCAAUCACCAGGCUAGAUAGACCUUCCUUUUCACUCUUCCCCAUCCUCUUUGGCAUCAGUCUACACUGGUGGUCUUUACCACCAUGUAAAUAGCUCCCAUUGCCUGGGUUCUGCGGGCCAGCUUUAAGCAUGUGUUUUCUGCCAUGUGUAUAGUUAGCCUAAAAAGGGAGUUUUGGGUCCUUUUGCCUUCAAGGUAAAUUGGCCCUGCUUGUGUUUGGGUCCUGGGACAUGGAUAUUUCUUUUUAAGCUGCUCUGAAAACAUUCAUGAAUUCAUUCCCUUGCUAAUAAUUUGACUUUGGAGCUAUUCUGAAACUCCUUUGUCUUUGAUACACAGGUAGUAAGACUGCAUGCAUUUGGGAAUAGAGAAGACCAGGCAAUUUUUCCCUUCUUUAGAACAUGGCCUUUUGAAACAUAUUUACUUAUUUAUCUGUAUCUGUAUGAAAUAGAUGAUUUGUGCGUAGUUCAGCAUAAAUUAGGAAAGCAAUUUGUAGUCAUCUUACUUCUGAGUUAUGAAAGUUAAUAUUAAAGAAUCGUGCUAGUUAGAAACUAGCCCUGUGUUGAUUAAAGGGUUUCACUACAUGAUUUAGUCAGUGUGAAUGAUUCUAAUGAGCACCUAGGAGAGGUUUGAAGCAAGUUGGCUUCACGCACCUUAGCUCUGCAGUACCUGUGAUUGCAGGAGUGACCAGAGGAAUCUCUGCU